UCUUUACGUAAAUCAUGGCCGUAUUACAAGCAUUUGCUUUGGUCUUUUUUUCCGUUAUUUCACCAAGAUUAGCCGAUAAGGUACUUUCACUAACAGAUGUAGAUUUUGAAGACAAAGUUUUUGGAUCGUCUACACAUUUUGUGAUGUUUUACGGCCCUUGGUGUGAAUACUGUGCAAGUUUCAUGCCAAUCUGGAAUCAGCUAGCUAAUCACUACAAUAAAAUCCCACACAGUGAACAUGUAACAAUAGCUAAGGUUGAUUGUACAAAAGAGACUCCACUAUGUGCAAAGCAGAAUAUCCGUGCAUAUCCUACGUUAAAACUUUAUUAUGAUCAUGGUGAAAUAAAGAGAUACAAUGGAAAAAGGAGAAUGGGUGAACUAAAAGCCUUUGUUGAUAAGUUUGCUGUUACAUCAGAGCAAAAAGAAAAGGAAAAUUCAGAGGCUACAGGUGAAUCAGAUAAUGGUUUGUACACACUGACGUCAGAUAAUUUUGAUAGACAUGUGGAAAUGGGACUGCAUUUUGUGAAAUUCUAUGCCCCAUGGUGUAGUCACUGCCGCAAACUUGCACCCACUUGGAAGGCACUAGCAGAGUACCAUAAAGACAAUGUGGAUGUGACAAUUGCCAAGAUUGAUUGUACAACUGAGAGCAAACCAUGCACUGAACACAAUAUCCAUGCAUAUCCUUCACUGAAGCUGUUUAAAGAUGGAAGAGAGGUGGACCAUUAUGAAGGACCACGUUCACUUGAUGAUCUGAAGAAUUAUUUGACUCUAAAGAUCUCUGAACACAGUUUGUUAAGUAGUGCAAUCACAGAAAACAGUGAGACUGCUGAGGAGAUUCCAUCAGAUGAUGCAGAGGCUGACAUGAUUAAGCCAUUCCAGCUGACAGACAGUAACUUUGAUGCCAUGGUCAGUGUGGGCACAACUUUUGUCAAAUUUUAUGUACCCUGGUGUGUCCACUGCCAGACACUUGCACCAAUCUGGGAUCAGUUGGCAAACAAGUGCGCAGACAGUGCUUCUGGACCUAGAAUUGCAAAGGUUGACUGCUCAGAAGAAGCUGAUCUUUGUCAUAGUUUUGGAAUCAAGGGGUAUCCUACCCUUAUCAUAUUUAGCAGAGGCAUUCGGAAACAAGAGUAUCGUGGGCCCAGAGAUUUGAACAGUCUCUACAACUUUGCUGUCCAACACCAUGAUGAACUCUAACUAGUAUGCCCUGACCAAUCGUGGAUUAGAAUAGCUAUUGAUUGGGCCAGUUAUCAACUAGGAUGGCCAUUGAUUGGUCCAAUUAUCCAUUAGGAUUGAAUGUAUGCUUCUUUCUUAAACCAAUCACAUAAAAAAAAAACCAAAGAAAAGUUGCAGACAACAUGAAGAAACAUCAAUGGACAGUGGUUUGUUUUAUGGGAAAUCUAAUUUUGUAGAAGUGUUUAGGAAUUAGAGAAUUUUUUUGUGUCUAGAUAAUUUUUCACAGCCAUUUUUAUGCUAGAGAGUGGUAGAUAACAAGAACAGGAAGUUGUAUGUACAAAGUGAUAAUGGAACAUAAUGUAUGCAAAGGCUCUGAGGAGCUUUUGCCAUCAAAAGGAAUGACUUAUUUAUGAAAAUAUAUAUACCUAUUCAAGUCUCCAGAAAGGAAACUAAUAAAAUUUCUUAUAUAUGCAACUUGA